GUUCCUUUAAAGUCAAAUUGAGUAAAACAUGCAAUUCAAACACUCAUGAGAAUAUCGUGUUACCGGUUCUAACUUUAAGACAUCGUCAACACGUGGUUAACCAUUAUUACAACUAAUAACCAUCAUGAAAACUGUUUUAUUUGCCGUUGUAAAUAUUUACAUUUCAAUGCUUGCUAACAUUGUGGAAAGUAAAAGUCAGUUAACGGAUAAAUUAAUAGUCAAAGUGCAGGAUUACACCACGGUGUCAAAGGAGUUGUUUCAAUCCUAUGUCUUUCUGUACAGGAUUGUUCCUGGUAUCUUUGUCUUCAAACAAAAAGGCUUUGCUGGACAUGAGCUGACCAAAGCAGAACUGGACAAACUUAGACACAAGUAUCAGGUAGAGCAAGUGGAACAGGUCCGCCGGUCGUUCAUCAAGGCAGAAGAGUCAAUGUUUAACUCCGACCUGUCGACAUCAGAAGGAAACAGUGACUUUGGGAUGGGUAUCGAACAAGCAAGGUCAAAAGGUUACACAGGAGAAGGUGUCACUGUCGGUAUCCUAGACGUCGGCGCAUGCACGGACCAUCCCUUCCUGAGUGACAAAAUUACCAAGGAAUUGUCGUGGAACUUCCCUGACAAUUCAAAAAAUGUUGAUCCAGACUGGAAUCCGAAUUAUGCUGAAACAUAUCCCCUACUAGAUCACGGUACCAACAUGUGUGGCUUAGUGGCGUCCUCGGAAGGGUGUGGUGGAGGCGUGGCCCCAGACUCGAGGCUGGCAGUGUUAAAAGUGUUUCGGAUGGACCCGGCGAUUCGCUGUUUACCAUGUAUGGAUGAGGACCACUACGCCUUGGCAUUAGCAUUCCGCCCUGAAGAAAUUCAUAUAUAUGCAAGUGGACUGUCCUUAUCUGAGUUGACGGGUGUCAGCAUCGCCAUAAAAGCCACCAUACAAAACGGAAUCAUUAAGGGUCGAGGAGGGAAAGGUUCCAUUUACGUGUACCCGGCUGGUAACGUUGGUAACGCUUUUGUGAACAACCCGUACACCGUAUCUGUCAAUGGUAUCGGUGUUAAUGGUACCGUCCCUAGCUUUGCAAGCGCGAGUGCUACUGUUAUCACGUCUGUUCUUGCUGAAGGAAGAACUCUCGAAUCCAAAUUGAUGUCGACGACAUCCUGUAAACCUGAGCGUAACUGUUCUGUAUUCAAUGGGCUGUCUCCCGCCACUGCCAUCACCGCAGCAAUCAUCACAUUUGCUCUCCAAAACAAUUCCGCGUUGACGUACAGAGACGUAUUUCAUAUCCUGGUACAGGCUUCUGAACACGAGCAAUUGGGUUCCGAGGCGUCCAAUUUCAAAACUAACGCUGCCGGCAGGCAGGAUUGUGUUUUGGAGCUAGCAAUGCAAAUCCAACAUUUUCCUGUUGUUUCAGUUCAUAGCGUGUACGGAUUCGGUCUGUUGAAUGCAGAGAAAGUCGGUAGUUUAGCCUCUAACUGGAAUUUUGUUGGUUCCCUGGUUGCAGUCACUCAAACACUAUCAGACAAGCCCGAGCAGUGCAAAAACAACACAUGUUCGAUCAAAGUGAACUUGUCAUGCUCAAAAUACACCGCGUGUGUCCAGUCUGUAGAGCAGGUUUUCGUGACGGUGAACUUGACCACUCCAUCUAUGAAAAACACAAGGUUGUAUAUCGACUCACCGGGCGGGACCAGGUCUGUUCUGUUGGACCGAUACCAGUCGAGCAUAGGGACUGUGAAUAAUCUUGAUCUGCGGUCUGUCCACUUUUGGGACGAGCAAUCUAUUGGGGAAUGGACCAUUACUUUGGAGAUAGAAAGUCAAGUGACAGAGUCCCUUGCGUUGAUUGUAAGCUCCAUGACGUGGUACGGUACUGGAAAUGAGGCGCAGGUUACAGGGGGAUUCUCGUUCGGAGCAUUCGCGGCUAUUCUCUACCCGAUCGUAGUUUUCUCCGCAACAGGAUGUUUUUUUUUAUUGUGGAAUGAAACGUGGCUGGUGAAAUAACAAUGUAGCUGCUCUUAAAGUGGUUGUUUCAUUUGAAGCGCACCUCACAGUUCUCUACCAUAUUCAGGUUUCUCUGGAAUGUGUGUCUCAAAUACUUCGGAAAAAAACAUCAUGGUUGGUGAUAUGCUAAGUUAAGCCGGUCUAUUGUUUAAGCUGUUUAUACCCCAUCGAAGACCUCUUAUCACACUAUUUAAGGGUAUAUAAUUAGGUCCUUGUGUAUUGCAUUCAUAUGUGCGCAGUGUUGAGACAGUAAAUAAAGGUAAACACCAUACGUUCAAUACAGCAAUAUAUAUGUUGAGACUCGUAUAUUUUUUUAUACCUUUCCUUCUCGUAUGGCAAAGUAAAACUGAUGUAUUUUCAUUCCAAAAAUAACCAUUUAAUUAUUUAAUUCAACAAAUAAUGCAUUUGUAUUUUAAAUCACAUUGGUAUCGACACUAACAACACGUUCUCUGUGGUUUUGUUUGCCAAUUGCACUCCUUCACAUAUACCAUGGCGGUAACUCCAACACUAAUGAAUGAAGACAUUUCAAUGUGUAGUUAUGUAACAUGCCUCUGUUGUAUUGUGAUUAUUCUUACUGCUCGUGAAGUGUAUAGGCCGUAUGCCUCUAUACAGGGUUGUCGUUGAUUGUUUACCUGCUGACAUUGUGUUUCUAACUAGCAUUGUAUUAUCAAUGGUCUAUAUGUUCCAUCAACUUUGGAUGCUCAUUAUCUUGUUCGCAACGUUUUUUUUUAUUUCUGCUAUUAAACUGCAUAAAUAUC